AUGGCCCGCCAUGGGAAGACAAAGGCUCGCGCCAAAAGGGCGCCCAGGCCGGACCCUGGACCAUCGCCACCGCGGUUGACGAUGCAGCAAGAGGCUCGCAACACCGAAACACAUCAUCAAUGGUGGACCACCAGUCUGCGCCACAAGGCCGUCCAAUUCGUGAGCGCUGGAGAUCUGGAGCCAAGCGACGAGUUGAAAGACCUCAACCAGAUAGCACAGACUGACCAAGCGAAGUCGGAAACGGAGCGCAGAGAGACUGAGGGCGAGCCUGAGCCGCCGACAGAUGACUCCACGCCCAUAUUCUUCAUCGACCGAACAGGCCAAAAUAUCGAGGAUACAGGGUUCUCUGUCCCAGAACCACUGCUGGACCGGUCAGACCUGGACACGUCGAGCGAGGACGAGGUCACCACUGGAGACGAGCUGCAGGAGUUCCUCGACACCUUCGCUGAUCGACCCCUGACGUCGGCCACGCCACGGAAGGAAACUGCGCACGCAGAUCAGACGCCCGAUACCCAUCCCACGAGCCAUGCCGAGCCUAAACCAAAUCAACUAUGGAAACUGUACUCGCAGCAGGAGGAAGACAUGAUCGCCGACUACAUCGCCAACAUGGACAGUGAUUACUGUGACGAGGACACACACUCCACGCUUCCUGAGAUAGAAGGAGGUAUUACCGUCGACAAAGCCACAACGCAACAAGAUCUGUCAAUGCAGGUCCCAACGGAACCACCUGGAAAUCCCAAUACCCAAACCGAAAGUGAAAGCAAAAGUGAAAGCGAGGUUCAUGUUCAAAGUUCUAUCGAUGGUAAGCCACAAAAAACCACCUGGACGGAGAGAGUAACGAGUGAUUCUGAUAUCGAGAAACUAGUUUUGGCAAACAUGCAUCUCGACCCCGACCUUGCCUCAACCGUUGUAUCGGACGAAGACGAGGAAACAGCAGAUGAACUAGAGGAGUCUGACCUGAACGAGGACGACGAUAUGGAUACGGUGGACAUUGACAUGCUCCAGGAGCAACUGGACCGAUACACCCGAGCACAAAGAAAGAAACAUGGGUUCGUAUCGGCAACAGCUUUCGCAGAUGCGCUCGAGUCCGACCCCUACUAUGGACUUGAUAUCAUGGACUUUAAUCGGCCCAGCCUACGGAAAAAGAGCAAGGGAAAGAAGCCGCUUUUUGACCUGGACAUCUCCGACAGCGAACUAGAGUUCGAACUGGAGCAGGCAUGGGAGAAUGAUCGGCGAACGAAGAAGAUGAAGAAGAAGGAGCGUGAACAGCUACGAGCCGAAGGGCUGUUAGGGAGAAGCACCAAAAGUCCAGAUUUGAAGGCCAAGUACCCAAAGGAUAUGAACAUGGAGGAAUUGAUCACGGAGAUGCGGGCGUUCCUCCUGUCGCCGAAGAGCAGUCUCUCCCUGCCUCCUAUGAACAAGCAGCGCCGAAAAAUGGUGCACGAGCUGGCACAUGUCGUGAGUCUCAAGUCCCAGUCCAAAGGCAACGGGCAGGCCCGAUGUCCGAUCCUUGUCAAAACUUCCCGCACCCCCGGAUACACACGCAAGACCAUCUCCAAAGUCGACGAACUCCUGUCCGGGCGGAAGCUCAACCGUCGGUUGUUCAAAUCCUGGGGCCAGGAUUCAUCAAAACCAUCCAAGGCCAAACGGGGAGGGGCUUCGAGUGGUCCUGGCGUUUCCUACGUGGAUGGAGAUGUCGUCGGUGGCUCGGCCCCCGAGAUUGGAGCAGAGAAUCGUGGCCGAGCCAUGUUGGAGAAAAUGGGAUGGAGUACUGGCACCGCGCUUGGGGCCACCAACAACAAAGGCAUCUUGUUGCCGGUGGCGCAGGUGGUGAAGAACACCCGAGCCGGGCUUGGCUGA